AAUAAAGAAAUUAAUAAAUUAAUUUUUUUUAGCCCUUCGGGUAAAUUAGUGCAAAUAGAAUAUGCACUGGCAGCAGUCGCCGCUGGAGCACCAAGUGUUGGAAUAAAAGCCUGCAAUGGAAUAGUCCUGGCUACGGAAAAUAAACACAAGUCUAUUUUGUAUGAUGAGCACAGUCUCAGCAAGGUUGAGAUGAUCACCAAGCACAUUGGAAUGGUCUACAGUGGAAUGGGUCCGGAUUACCGGCUGCUUGUCAAGCAAGCUAGGAAAAUGGCCCAGCAGUACUUCUUGGUCUACCGCGAGCCUAUUCCUACUGCUCAGUUGGUUCAACGAGUUGCUAUGCUCAUGCAAGAGUACACUCAAUCUGGAGGUGUAAGACCAUUUGGAGUAUCACUCCUAAUCUGCGGCUGGGACAACGGUAAGCCUUAUUUAUUCCAAUGCGAUCCAUCAGGCGCUUACUUUGCCUGGCGUGCAACAGCAAUGGGAAAAAAUUUCAUCAACGGAAAAACUUUCCUCGAGAAACGUUACAGCGAAGAUCUCGAGUUGGAUGAUGCUGUACACACUGCUAUUCUGACGUUGAAGGAAGGGUUUGAGGGACAGAUGACUGCUGAUAAUAUUGAAGUUGGAAUUUGCGAUGCCAGCGGUUUUAGACGACUCGAUCCUUCUCACGUCAAAGAUUACCUUGCAAAUAUUCCUUAA